AUGGGCUUCAUCCUUCUUGGUGUAUCUGAAUGGCCCCAGGUAGCGUUGGUUCUCUUCUGGAUCGUGAUCAUCCUGUCCUCGGCAACUUCACCAGCAUCUUGCUCUGGUGUGUGGAGUUGUGUACCUUGUCUCUACACCCCCAUGUACUUCUUUCUUAGCAAUCUUUCCUUCUUGGCUCUCCACUUCAUCUGUGCACCACCAUCAUGCACUGUCCAUUCUAUCAGAAGCUGGCAUUCAUGGCCUGGCUUCUGGCCUGAUGGAGUCUUUGAUCUGAUCAUUAUCACCUUCCAGCUGCCCUUCUGUGCUCACCACCUCCUGCAUGGAUUUCUGUGUGGGGCUCCUGUCCUCAUACUCCUGGUCUGUGGAGACUCCUUCAACAAUGAGUGGCAGAUGACAAUCGCUGCUGUUGUCUUCCCCAUGGUGACUGUGGGGUUGAUCUUGGUUUCUUAUGUCCAUAUGGCUGAAGCAGAGGGGAAAAUGAAGUCAGAGGAGGGCAUACAGAAAGUCAUUGCCACCUGUUCCUCCCACCUCCGUGUGGUCCUCAUGUUCUAUGGGACAAUGGCAAUGGUGUACACAGACCCUAAGACCAACUUUGCUUUCAAACAUGGCAAGUUCUUCCCCUUCUUCUACACUGUGGUCACACCUGUGCUGAGCCCUCUCAUCUAUACCCUGAGGAACAGAGAGGUGCAGGAUGCUCUUCAAUGGAAAGGGGAUCUGGGUAAUGAAGAGUAG